AUGGUCAGUGAAGAGUGUGGCGAGGGAUCGUGCCCGGUCGGUCCCUCUCAUGGCCAUCAAUCCGGGGAUGCACGUGCUGCUAAAUCCCAGUUCUCCCGUGACAUGUUCCCCCUUCCUGUCCCACCUGAGGUGCGCCGGGAAAAAACUUUGGGGAGACGGGUGGCGCAGCGGGUGGCCAGACAUAUCCAGCAGACAACCAAGGAGCGCGAGGCCGUGAAGGCUCUCAACUGGAUGGCUGGCUACAAGGAAGAAUUUGAGAAUUCACAGUUUUCACCAGAUGCUCUUCAGUCGGAGGCCCGGCAUUACCUGCAGAGCCCCGAGCAUAUGUUAAAACCAGGCUGCGAAACGGGCCUGGGGGAGUUUCAACCGUACUGGGAUCCACUCUUGAGGAGGGACGCCAAGCUCUACAAGAAGUUCAUCCAGAAGCUGAACCAAGCCGGGUACUUGGUGUUCACGCAGAACCCCAAAAGCUUCUGUGGAGUGUUUUUCGUCAGGAAGAGCGACGGUCGCAAAAUUAGAAUGAUCAUUGACGCCAGGGGUACCAACUCCAUGUUUCGACCUCCCCCUGGCGUUGAUUUACUUACUUCAGAUGGUUUUUCGAGGAUUGAGCUCAACAUCCCAAGCCAUUUCGUCCCAGGCAGUGCCGACUACGACGACUACCUUGACCGACACCGUAUUAGCAUAGGGCUCAGUGAUGUAAAAGAUUGUUUUCAUCGGCUCCGACAACCUAGGUGGCUUUGUGAUUAUUUUUGCUUGGAUGGGGUGCCGGCUUCUUGGGUGGGGCUCGAGAACACAUAUUUGGACAACCAGUGGCUUGCGCCCGACUCGAUCGUGUACCCGGCCCCAGGCUCUUUACCAAUGGGGUUCACUUGGGCCCUAUACUUCGCGCAACGCGCAAGCGAGGUCCUCAUGACCAAAGUACCAUCCUUGCAAAAGUCCACCUUGGUCCAUGACAGGUCCAGCGCCAUCGUCUUUGGAGAGGGCCAGUCCGUGAAAAACGAGGCAGGCGAGCCGCGCCCUGUGCACCAUUAUGUCUACGUUGACAAUCUAGGGGUCCUCAGCGUUAACCAUGAUACAGUGGAGACUGCCUUGCGAGAAGUAGAGGAUGUCUUCGGUUCUCACAAGCUGAUCCUGCAUCCAGGCUUGGUGUCGAGCGGCACUACGAAGGCACUGGGCUGUGCUCUCAGAGGAGACCUUCUGGCUAGUCGGGUCACGUCAGACAGGUAUCACAAACUACGUCAAGCCAUCCAAGGAGUACUUGAACGUAAGCGGGUUUCUGGACGCAUUCUUGAAGUGCUGGUAGGCCAUGCUACGUUUGUUGCCUUGAUGAACCGCCACGUCCUCAGUGUCUUCAACACGGUUUACCGUUAUAUUAACGCCCACUACCACAAACCAGCGCCAUUGUGGACCACAGUGAGAGAGGAGCUUUCGGUUUUCAGGGGGCUCAUGAUCUUCUUGCAUGCGGACUGGGCACGACCUUGGAACACCUACGUGACUGCCACAGAUUCUUCUUUGGAAGGUUUCGGGGUUGUUUCAAGUCAUUGGCAGCAGCAUGAGGUUGCCAGUGCCGGCCGAAAUCUUGAGCGGGCCCGCUUCAGAAAGCUGGGGAGUCAUUCAGCGCGCGCCUCAGCGCUCACAGCAGCGGGUUUUGUUCAUGAUGAAGCUACAGAUCAGUGGAAGGCCGGCUGGCUGGACAGACCCAGUUACCUGGAGCACACAGGCUGGGCAUUGGCUCAGGAGUUCAAGGAAAUUCCUGGAUAUCUCUUGCAGGCUGAUCGCUGGACGCCCCGGCUUUGGGGAAAAUGGCAGCACUCUGCUGGGAUCCUGGAGCUCGAAGCACGGGCCUUGGUGAAGGGGCUCAAACGUAUUGCCAUGAGCACUUUCGGGCAUGAUGUGCGGCAGCUCUUGCUCACAGACAACAUGAGUGUUUGCCUCGCCUUUGACCGAUCUCGCGCUCGCAGCUUCAGCCUCCUGGUGCAAAUCCGGAAAUUUGCUGCAUAUUGUUUGGCACGCAACAUCUACUGUGUGGUUAGGUGGGUUCCAUCCGAGCUCAACAGCGCGGACAAGCCAAGUGGGGCACAGCAACGUCUCAAGGUCCUGUCCAUCAAUGUUAACAGCCUAAGCGGGUUCCUUUGGGGUGAAGUCAAGGCGUUUCUUGGUGGAGAGGGCCUGCAGUAUGACUUCAUAUUCCUACAGGAAACGCAUCGCACUGCCUUUUGCGCUUUCAAGGUUGAUAACUGGAUGGCAGUUGGCUCCUCAACAAAACGGGGAGAGGGUGUGCUCACACUAGUUCAUCCUCGUUACGAUGCCUCCAUGGUUCGUUACCAGGAGAUAAUCCCAGGCAGAGUUCUAAGAGUGAAGGUAUGCCACAAAGAGGCAGCCAUCGAAACACUUAACAUAUACCAACAUGUUUGGAUACACACGGAUGAUCCGGAACAAAACAAACAGAGGCGGCAAACCCUGCUCGAUAAGUGCACUGCCACAAUACAGGGCAUGGCUAGAAGAGACACCCUGAUUCUAGCGGGAGAUUUUAACUCAGAGGUACACGCAGUAAACGGAUUGAUCGGGACACGCGUGAACCGCUCGGCCUAUCACCAAGCCCUUGACCCACUCACACUUCCAAGAUUCAUACAAGACAACGCCCUGGUUGCUCUAAACACUUGGCAUAUGAAGGACCCAUGCACCAACUACACCCGUACGGGCAACUCUCAGAUUGACUAUAUCCUUGUGCGCGCACCAAGUGCUGACACCAGAGCGAAGCAAGUAGUCAAACAAGAGGCACCCUUUGGGGCGUGGAAAGAGCUCACACACUCGGCCCUCAUUGCUGAUGUCCGAAUCAUCAAGCACUUCCACUUGCCCAAGGCCAAAAUGCAACAGGAACUACAAUACUCGAGACAUGACCUUGACUACGCGUAUCGCCAGAAGGAUCACCGAAUCACACAAUUAAAGAGUAAAGUGGAGUUGGAGAUAAAUCACAGCUUGAACCACGGCCUCCCACUGACUGCAGAUCACAUCAAUCACACAUUACUGCGUGAGGUCUCUGACCUCUUCCCAACAGCUACAUCAGCACACACCAAUCGAGGCCAAACCAAAGCACAGUGCAAGGCCAUCUUUGCUGCGUGGAAAGAGCUGUUGACCCACCCUGACGAAGUAGGUGGCUCGACCAUCACACUGCCUGCCCGCGUCUACCACAUGUGGCAGAGACGUAGGGAUCUUCAGCGAUGCAAGCCAUUCACCCUGUCAGGAGUGCUUCGCACAUGGCAAUGGGUGCUUCUCUUCAACAAGGCAGGACGGCAGAGCAAGCAAUAUCAUCUCCAGCAUCAACGGGCCAUAGCACUGGGGCACUUACAGCAAGCUGAAAGGGCCGCUCAGACGCAUAACACGAAGCGUCUCUAUGGUGCAGUCAAGCGACUCCUGCCCUGGAAGCCCAAGCCCAGGAUCAUGCUUAAGCACCCGGAUGGAUCGCCCAUGUCUCUGCACCAGGAACACCAAGCACUUGUCCAACACUGCAAACAACUCUUCGCACCCCCGGCGGCAUCUCCCACUCGACCAGGCCAGAUGCUUAGCAUGCCAUUGACUGCCUGUGAAUGGACGACACAGCUUCAAUGUACUCCUAUAGGCAAGGCCGUGCCUGCGGACUCCGCUCCGGCCACAGCGUGGAAGGCCUGCGCGACAAUUGUGGCGCCAGCCAUGGCCUGCAUAGCCAAAGGACUUCAGCCAGUAACCUCUGCACUACCUGAUGCAUGGAAGAACCCUCAGUUGUGUUUCCUUCCCAAACCACAUAAGCCUCCAUCCACCGCAGCUGCUCUCAGACCUAUAGGCCUACUCAGACCGGAUGGCAAGGCGUUUGCAGGCCACAUCAAAAAUCAGCUACUGAUGCAGGCCUGCUCCAGCCUUACUCACACUCCACAGUAUGCAUACCUUCAGGCACGGGACACGUCGGAUGCGCUGGCAAGGGUCAACGCAUGCAUACAUGACAUCAAGGACGGUCUUAGGGCCUUGGGUGGGAAUAGGUUCCUGACGAGACAGCGCAAAGAGACUGGACAGGUCAAAGGCGAAUCAGGAGGGUGCCUCCUGUCAGUCGACCUCAGCCAAGCUUUUGAUCGUGUCAACCGUGCAAAACUAGAUAGAGCGUUGGCACUCCACCAGGUUGAUGCUGACCUUAGAUCUACCGUCACCGCCAUCCACGAGCAGGCUGCUUACCAGGACAGGGAUAAAUUUCACCGGACAGACAUCUGCACGACGCAAGGAAUUCGCCAGGGAUGUCGACUAGCACCAGCCCUAUGGGCCGUGCUGUCGUCUCAGUUACUCUGGGAUCUUACUCCCGCUGGUCAAACGCCGCUGCAGCUUCCAUUCACGUUGUUCGCCGAUGACCAUUUAGGCCAUUGGCUUCUCAAAACGGUGGACGAUGCCAAGCAAAUGGAGGAGACGAUAGUGGCACUUUUUCACAUGUUGGAAACAUACGGGCUCAAGGUUAAUCCGGAUAAAUCCAGUUUGGUCAUUCGGGUCCAGGGAGCGCAACUUGAAAAAUUUGUCAAAAGCCGCACGGUUAUAGUUCGCAACCAGGCGCAUUGGAAACUACAAGAUGGAGAACAAACACAUCUCAUACCGAUGUGUGAAUCCAUCACUUACCUUGGCACCAAGCUCACACUGAAAGAGGGCACCGGCCAUACACUUGACUUUAGGCUUGCUGAAGCUGAGGCGAAAGUUACGCAACUUCGCAAAAGCAUCAGAUCACGCAAGGGAUUGUCCAGGCACUACAGAGUACGGGUUUGGCAGGCUUGCGUGGUAAACAGUGCGCUUUAUGGUCUGCUGACUACUCCUUUCUCUGGCCAAAUGAUAACUAAGCUGAGGGCGUGGUUUCACCGCCAACUCAGAGCGGUCACAGGUAUGCCAGCUCACCUCACAAAGGUGAGUAAUCAGACGCUGAGAGAAACCUACAACCUGAACGAUCCUGUACACAUGCUGACGGAACGCAUUGCGCGCAAACUUAAUGCUAUGCAACAAGGACGAGGCGAUCCCGCCACGUGCGAAACUAAGACCUUUGAGUAUUGGCAAAUGCUACACAAACAACUUGCCAGCCAUGCUGUGGAACAACGCACUGUGACGCUGGUGGAACUCUCCAGCUCUAGCCAACAUGCCUGCUCCAUAUGUGGCCUGUACUACCCGACCCAAAAAGCCCUUAGGCAACACCAGGCGCUCAGACAUGGACAGAUUCAAGCCAACAAACUCAGUAUCGACUACAAACCCGAACAACAUUCUGUUGCGGGCAUGCCACAAUGCAAACACUGUCUUCUGAAGCUGUAUGACUGGGGUGCAUUAAAAGGGCACAUCAUGCAAAACGUGUGCGGUUGGCACACCAAACAGCUCAGCGACUCGAACAACAAUAGCCAGCAGGAUACGAAGACUGUUAAAGAAACAGAGCCUGUUCCACACAAGGUCGACACCCCACAUACCCCUGUUGACCCUAAAGAGCGGCAACACGAACCAAGGAACACCACGACUGAGGAGAGCACGCUCCUGCAAAACGAAGCGACACUGGCAUUGCUUCAAAGUCAUGAGGGAAUAUGCACCCAAGCAGCAUUACACAAAACCUACCUCAAACAGCACUGCGGUUUCUGUGGCCGCUGGAUCGCUGAUGCCGGCAUGAUUAAAACGCAUAUCCAGAGAGUGCAUACGAAUCUUGCACGGCAUAUUACCUCAGACAUACACACUUCAUGCCAGGCCUUCAAGCACCUCUUCAAAAGGGACCAUACAUGUGAGUGGUGUGACAGAAUGGUGCACGGCUCAGAUCGGCAUUGCUCUCAAUGCCCAGUUCUUUUUCAGCUGAUACUCGCAAGGACCAGCAGACAGGCGGCCUCCGCUUCACCUGAGACCCAGCUCCCUGCAGUAUGGCCUGUACCACACCCAGGGAUGGACGUUGCGAUUUACCUCAAAUCACCUACUCAAGAUGAGAUGCAACUGCACAUACAGCACAUGUCCACGCUUGCCAAGACACGAUGUCUCCUAUGCGGUGAACAGGUGCAAGACAUCCAACACUGGCGACGACACAUGGCGCAGCGGCAUGACUCUCAGAAACAGCUUCACACGUUGCGCGACCUUGCUGCUGGUGCAAUGUCCACUUCCCAAAGUCUGCUCGAGAACACAGACGAAAGUGCCUCCCUUUGCUGCAGCUCUGCCUGUACCAUGACCUCCACGUCAGUGGAGACCACGCCGGAGCAACAGAUGGCGGCAGUGUGGGGCCUCAGCUCACCCCUGGCGACGACGCCUACACCACAGAGACAAGCGUCCGUCAGACACAGACUGCCGCAAGGGACGCCGCAAAAGUAUCGAAAGGGCAUGGGCAAGGGCGCAGGCAAGGCAGCUCCCAAGGCAAAACGGGAUCGGGACCAGGAAGCAGAAGACGAGUUGAUGAUGGACCUGGAGUCGCUGGACGAGGAGACGGUGAGAACGGCCUUGAAAACCUUGGUCAAAACAGCACUCAGACACGAACACCAACUGACGAUCUUGGAGGCAGACCGGAGCUACGUGUUCUUCCUGGACACGACGAACCACGGCAUUGUCUCCAUGUUGAUCCAGGCCAGCGCAACAUGGAACACAAAGUUCGAGGAAUGCACGGUCAACACCUCGCUGAGGGCCACGCUAUGGGGAGUACUACUCAUGGAAUGGAAAGCACGCCUCGAGAAAAUCGAGUCCGACGCCAAGGUACUACAGGUAGCAGAAACAGCAGGAUGGGCAACGCGGUCUCCGCUCCAGUGGAUCUACAACGAGUGGAAUCCGGUACAGAAAAAGGCGCUACCAUCAAGUCGGGACAACCUCACUCACGAGGAAGCAAAAAAGGCAGUCAACCAGCUCAUCGCAAACACCGCCAAGGACAACACAGUGCACCGGUUCCAAAGCCUACGACCACUGAAGCCGGACCUGCAGGCGGAAGUGAUCACCAUGGUCCUGACACUCACCGUCCAUCAACAGGCGGCAGCCGUUUACCACGACCUGGACCUCUUGGCAAACAACUGCGCGGGCAAGCUGAUCGGUCUACGCUUGAGACGGGAGCGAGUGGGCAAGACGACGCUCACCAAGGAGCUCGAGAGACUACAGAUCUAA